AACUUGGAACACGGAGGGAGAGGUGGUGAAGGAAAACGGAAUCUACACCGACACGCGCUCUCUCCGUUAAACAAACCAGAUCUCGUGGUAACCGGUAAGGGUUGGUAAUGACCGGCAGUAUCCGUUAUUAGAUUAAAUCCCCUCAUUUUUUAGACUCACCAACCCCUUGAUUUGAGCGUCAAAUCUAACGGCAUACCGAAGGGUCCGGUAACACGUAAUUUAGUUGGCAUUGUUUAGUAUAAAAAGGAAGAUAGAGUCGUUGAACAAACAUCCGUCAUUUGAUUUUCAUUUCACAACGUAGUCUGGUCUAGCGAGUGUCGUUUCAUUUCAUUUCUACUUGCACCCCCUCACUCGCUCCAGCUUGAAAAAUGGCGGAAACCUUUCUAUUCACUUCCGAAUCAGUAAACGAGGGCCACCCUGACAAGUUGUGCGACCAGAUCUCCGAUGCAGUGCUUGAUGCCUGUCUUGAACAGGAUCCUGACAGCAAGGUUGCCUGUGAAACAUGCACCAAGACAAACAUGGUCAUGGUCUUUGGAGAGAUAACAACCAAAGCCAAUGUAGACUAUGAGAAGAUUGUCCGUGACACAUGCCGCACCAUUGGAUUCAUCUCUGAUGAUGUUGGUCUUGAUGCUGACAAGUGCAAAGUCUUGGUCAACAUCGAGCAACAGAGUCCUGAUAUCGCUCAGGGUGUUCACGGACACUUUACCAAGCGUCCGGAGGAAGUUGGUGCUGGUGACCAAGGUCACAUGUUUGGCUAUGCCACUGAUGAAACACCUGAACUCAUGCCUCUCAGUCACGUCCUUGCAACCAAGCUCGGUGCUUGUCUUACCGAGGUUAGGAAGAAUGGUACCUGUGCCUGGCUUAGACCAGAUGGCAAGACACAAGUAACUGUUGAGUACUACAAUGAAGAUGGUGCUAUGGUUCCAGUUCGUGUCCACACUGUCCUCAUUUCCACACAACACGAUGAGACUGUCAGCAAUGACCAGAUUGCAGCUGAUCUUAAGGAGCACGUUAUCAAGCCUGUUAUUCCAGAGAAGUACUUGGAUGAGAAGACUAUCUUUCACCUUAACCCUUCUGGCCGAUUUGUCAUUGGAGGUCCCCAUGGUGAUGCCGGUCUGACCGGAAGAAAGAUUAUCAUUGACACUUAUGGUGGAUGGGGUGCUCACGGUGGAGGUGCCUUUUCAGGGAAGGACCCAACUAAGGUUGACAGAAGUGGUGCCUAUGUUGUAAGGCAGGCAGCCAAGAGUAUUGUGGCUAACGGUCUUGCUCGCAGAUGCAUUGUUCAAGUUUCUUACGCUAUCGGUGUGCCUGAACCUUUGUCGGUCUUUGUUGACAGUUAUGGAACUGGAAAGAUUCCUGAUAAGGAGAUUCUUCAAAUUGUGAAGGAGAAUUUUGACUUUAGACCUGGAAUGAUCACCAUUAACUUGGACCUAAAGAGGGGUGGACAUAGGUUUCUUAAGACAGCUGCCUAUGGACACUUUGGAAGGGAUGACCCUGACUUUACCUGGGAAGUUGUGAAGCCACUCAAGUGGGAGAAGCCUCAAGCUUAAGAGUUCUUAUGGAUUUUAUAUUCAAUGGUUGUCUUACUAGGUGUGGAUGAAUAAUUUGCGUGUUUAGUUAAUUGUUGUUCCAUUCAUAGGUCUAAUAUGCUCAUCAUGCCUAAAACUACUUUUAUUAUUUUUCUCCAUUUUACUUACAAUUUAUUUUUUGUUAUGGAAUGUUACCAUGUUGGUGCAAUGAAAGUUUUUUUUUUCACAGAA